CACAGUUUCCCAAUACAGCACCUUCAUCUUCCUUUAGAUAAUGUCGUCAACAAUAGGAGGCAUGAUGUGGCAGGGAUACCACCCGUGCUCAGUCUACACGAACGGAAAUGGCGGCACAAUCUCCAUAGAUCAACCGCUGAUCAUCCACGAGACCCGCACGCUUCCCGCGGUCGCCGUCGCCGAGUCGGCGUUUUUGCAACUCAAUUUGGCUAUCACUGCUCUUCGUGCCGAUCCUCCGAGAACCAACUCCGGCAUAAUCCGGCUAGAGGUACCGAUUAUGGAGAAGGCCAGAGCCAUAGAUUGGCUACAUGCCCAGCAUCAUCUACCUUGCUGCUACUUCUCUGGUCGAGGACAGAACAGAGAACGGGAUCUUAUUGACAUAUCGGGAAACGAACAUGGAGGUUACCAUGACAAGGAUGAGAAAUGCUUUGUGAGUGUUGCUGGUGUAGGCUCUGCUGUUUCCUUUCGGGGAUCUGAUCCUUUCGGCUUGGAAGAUUGGAAGUGUAUAAAAAGGUUUCUCUCUAAAGACUGCCCACUUGUUCGUGCAUAUGGUGCUAUACGGUUUGAUGCAAAGAGGAAUAUUUCUACUGAGUGGAAGGAGUUCGGUUCAUUUUAUUUCAUUAUUCCACAGGUUGAGUUUGAUGAGUUUGAAGAUGGUUCAAUGCUUGCUACUACUAUUGCAUGGGAUGAUUACCUUCUUUUGACAUGGGAAAAAGCAGUAAAUGGGCUUAUAGCCACAAUGAAUCAGUUAUUAGGACGAUUUGAUAAAUUAGAAAAGUCUAUCCAGCGAACAGCUACUGUUGGCUGCAGUCAUGUUCCCUGUAAAGCAUCAUGGAAUGAUUCUGUAACUAAAGCUUUGGAGAUAAUAAAUAGAAGACAUUCAGAUCUUGUAAAGGUUGUAUUGGCUCGUUGUAGUAGGUACGUUACUGACAGUGUCAUUGAUCCUCUGGUAUUAUUAGCUUCUCUGCAGAUUGAAGGUGAAAAUGCAUACCAGUUCUACAUCCAGCCUCCUAAUGCUCCAGCAUUUAUUGGAAAUACUCCAGAGAAAUUGUUUCACCGAAAAUUCCUCAACAUAUCAAGUGAAGCUUUGGCUGGGACCCGUGCUAGGGGUGUUACAAAAAUUCAAGAUUUCCAAAAUGGACAAGAUUUAUUGUACAGUCGCAAGGAUGAUAUCGAAUUUACCAUAGUACGCGAUAUCAUUAGAGCAAAAUUGGAGACCAUCUGCGAUGAGGUGAUUAUAGAUCCAAGAAAAGCAUUACGAAGACUUCCCGGAGUACAACAUCUAUGUGCUGAAUUAUUUGGCAAAUUAAGGAGGGAAUGUGAUGAGUUUGAUGUCCUAGCUUCCCUGCACCCAAGUCCUGCCGUUUGUGGGAUGCCUUCGGAAGAGGCUCGCAAAUUUAUAGAAGAACAUGAAAAGUUUGAUCGAGGAAUGUAUGCCGGUCCUGUUGGUUGGUUUGGAGGAAGUGAAAGUGAGUUUGCAGUUGGCAUCAGAUCAGCUCUUGUUGGUCAGGAUUUGAACACUUUAGUUUUUGCUGGUGCUGGGAUAGUAAAAGGAACCGUUCCAUCAUUAGAAUGGGAAGAAGUUGAUUUGAAGAUAUCCCAGUUCACGAAAGUAUUGCACCGUCAUGAACUCCAAGAAUGUUUGAAAGAAAUCAAGAAUGCAGGCACUGUAGCAAACGGUGAUUAGUCAAUUCUACAUAGUCGAAUAACUGAGUGAUAUGGCAUUUUGCGUUCAUCAAAGCCUACAUUUUGAUAGUGAAUUAUAAUAUUGUUGGCUCUCAAUUGUGAUAAUCUUCAUUACGUUUGUUGUCUCUGAAAAUAUAUAAAAAUAAUGCGCCUAAAACUCUCAUUCUUUUAGCAAGGUAUUCUCUGGACGUAUUUUGUCAAAUAUUGACACAGAAUUGUUUGGUUUCAAGCUUAUUCCACUUUUCUUGGAAUUUCUGAAUUUUCAUAUUCACAAUUUAUAUAAAA